CACCGCACCCACUUCUUCACUAUCUAUGAAUGAUCUAAUCCUGGACAGUCUCACCGAGCCUCUGUACUAUCAAUGGUCGCCAUGAAAACCAAACCCACUCUCUGUUUCUGGCUCAAUUUUCUGCUGCCCUUGUUAUAUGCAGCGGCGGACCAUGAAUCCCCAAGCAGUGCCAGCAUCAUCUUCGCUACACUUGGCAGCAGAUCCAAUUUCGCCUUUGACAUCUUCGCUCUCCCAGCCUUGGACCCCCCUUCGAUCGCCAACGAAAUCCAAAUCACCGACGGCCAAUCGCUCAGUUUCAACGGUCACUUCCCUUCCACGUCCUCCUUCCUAUCUCUCUUGCCUGACCAGGCCAUUAUCCGCACCCGGGUGCCUCCCAUCCAGGUUAUCUAUGUCACGGAGCGAAACGGGACCUCACAUAUAUACUACGACGCAGUUUUUUAUGAUGCUCAGCGGAGCACCAGAUCGAGGUCAGCCCUCGAAGUCUACGAACGGGUUCAGAUACCUUUGUUGGCUUCUACAAGGGGCCAGAAUGGGAUUUCGAUGAAAGACAGGCCGAGUUUGACCCCUGAGGGUUUGUUGGUAUACGUGUCAACUCACGAGGACACGGGCGAGCCAAGGACGAGUUGGGCCGCGGUGUACUCGACUGAGCUAUCUACGGGUCUGACUCGGAGGCUUACCCCUUACGGUGUCGCCGACUUUAGCCCGGCGGUGUCUCCGUCUGGGGUUUGGACCGCGGUGGCCUCGUACGGACCCAAGGGUUGGGACGGUGACGUGGAGGAGCUCAGCACUGACAUCUACGUUUUCUUGACUCGGGAUGGAACGCGGCGAGUCAAGGUGGUCGAACACGGCGGGUGGCCGUGCUGGGUGGACGAAGCGACUCUGUUCUUUCAUAGGAGAGGUGAGGACAAGUGGUGGAGUAUUUACAGAGCGACUUUGCCAAGUGAGGGACCGAUUUCUACUGAGUCAGUGGUGGUUGAGCGAGUCACCCCACCGGGUCUCCACGCGUUCACACCAGCUACCUCACCGGGGAACAAGAGCUUCAUUGCUAUGGCUACGAGGAGACCCAGUUCGAAUUUUCGCCACAUAGAGUUGUUUGACCUCGUAAAAAAAGAGUUCAGAGAGAUAACUCGUCCCGUGUCGCCGAACACUCACCACUUGAACCCGUUCAUCUCGUCCGAUUCGAGCAGGGUCGGCUACCACCGGUGCAGAGGGGAAGGGAAUGAAAGAGCACGCGCCCAGCUGUUACUCGAGAACCUCCAGAGCCCCGUUCCGGAGCUGUCGCUCUUCAGAAUUGACGGUUCGUUCCCUUCUUUCUCACCCGCGGGUGACCGGAUCGCGUACGUCGAUUUCCCGGGAGUUUACGUCGUGAACCGGGACGGUUCGAACCGGCGUCAGGUAUACGCCGAGUCCGCAUUCUCGACCACGUGGGACCCAGUGCGGAAAGGGAUUGUAUACACUAGCACGGGACCCACUUUUGCCUCAGAGAGAACAGAGGUAGAUAUCAUCUCCAUCAACGUUGAUGGGGCGGACCAAACGGGUUUCAAAAAGCUGACCACCAACGGUGAAAACAAUGCCUUUCCUUCCCCUUCACCCGACGGUAAAUGGGUCGUGUUCCGGUCGGGCCGUUCGGGUCAUAAGAAUCUGUAUAUAAUGGACGCCGUGGAUGGGGAGAGAGGUGGGCUCCACAGGUUGACGGAGGGAUCCUGGACCGACACGAUGUGUAGUUGGUCACCGGAUGGUGACUGGAUCGCGUUCUCGUCGGACCGGGAGGACCCGGGUAGUGGGAGCUUCGAACUGUACUUGAUCCACCCGAAUGGGACCGGGUUGAGGAGGUUGUUUCGGAGCGGGUCGGGUGGGAGGGCCAACCACCCGACGUUUAGUCCGGACGGUAAAACAAUAGCGUUCACUUCGGACUACGCGGGGAUAUCGGCUGAGCCAAUCUCGAACCCGCAUCAGUAUCAGCCCUACGGUGAGAUAUUCACGAUGAGAUUGGACGGCUCCGGUCUGAAGAGGUUAACGCAUAAUUCGUUCGAGGAUGGGACUCCUGCGUGGGUUCCCAUGUAUAUUAAGCCCACUGACGUGGAGUGGCUUAAAGAUGGACCACGGUGCUCGUUUGAGGAUUGUCACUGGCUCAGUGAGAUGCCAAAUCAUAUUAAUGGCUCAGCCAAGCCUCAAUGUCAUGCUGCAUAGUAAUCGUCUCUUUUAUGUUUAUCCAUACACUUUGUAAGCUAAAUGUACCUUUUUGCCUUUGGUGUUCUGUAGAAAAUGUUCAUAAAGUUGAAAUAAAUACCAUCACCAAUGUGGCCAUGUAA